AUGUCUCAUUCUGCUCGCAGGGACCACAGCGCCCAUCAAAUUCCCUGCGGUUACUUGCACUGUGAAUGCCACUUCAAGACUCAGGCAGGGCGCACAAAGCACUGGAACGCUUCCCAUCCAACAUUCACGUCAGCUCCUACCACUAGUGUCUCGUACUCGGCUACUGUUGAAGAUGAGCCAGAGGAACCGCACGACACCUUCUUCAUAGGGCAUGAUGACUUCCCUGCAGGCUCGUUUGACGCAGGUCAGACUCUCAAUGAGCCUGAUAAUAUGGACACAGAAUUUUGGGGACCAGGCGAUAGAUUAUAUCGCAACUAUCACCCCAAACUAAACAGUCGCCCAUGUGAUGCAACAGGUCAAUUCCUUGCUGACGGAGCAACCCCUGCACCACCACCAAGCAAAUCGCGUGAUGACUGGACUCCCUACCGAAAUUGCAUCGAGUUUGAGACUGCAGAAUUUCUGUACACACGCAAUCAGAUGUCAGCAGGGAAUAUCAAUAUCUUACUGGAUCUUUGGGCCGCAACCCUUUUGAAACACAACAACAAACUGCCAUUUGCAGACUGCCGCGAUUUAUAUAAGACCAUUGACAGUACGCCGGUAGGCAAUGUCAAAUGGCAAUCUUUCAAGGUCCAGUACACGGGGGAGAAGCCGGCACACGAUGUACUACCCUGGAUGACCGAAUCGCAUGACGUCUGGUAUCAAGACCCCCACAAGGUCAUUUGUAACAUGUUAGCAAACCCAGAUUAUGCAACGGAAAUGGACUACCAGCCCUACUGUGAGUUCUCGACUGACAACAAUGAACGUCAAUGGCAAGAUUUCAUGUCUGGUGACUGGGCUUGGAAUCAAGCUGAUAUCAUUUCUCAAGACUCAGAUACAGCUGGCUCAACCUUCGUGCCAGUCAUUCUCGGAAGCAACAAAACGACAGUUUCAGUCACAACUGGUGCCAACGACUACUAUCCACUGUACGCAUCAAUCGGAAAUGUUUGUAAUAAUGUCCGACGCGCACAUCGCAAUGCUGUUGCCAUCAUUGGUUUCCUAGCUAUGCCAAAAACUACCAAGGAGCAUGCGGCCUGCCCGAAAUAUCGGAAGUAUCGCCGGCAAUUGUUUCAUUCAUCAAUAUCAAAGAUUCUCGAGAACCUCAAGCCAGGCAUGAUGAAACCAGAAGUUGUGCGUUUCGGUGAUGGGCACUAUCGGCAUGUUAUCUAUGGGCUUGGACUGUAUAUCGCAGAUUACAAGGAGCAGGUCUUAUUGGCAUGUAUAGUACGCUCUUGGUGUCCAAGGUGCAUGUCACACCGCAAAAACUUGGACUCCAAGUCGUUGUGUCGCAAUCAUGACCAUACAGAAGCUCUUAUCGAUGAAGUAACAUCUAGUGAUUUGUGGGAUGAGUAUGGGAUCAUCGCUGACCUUGUUCCCUUUACAAAUGAUUUCCCCCGAGGCGAUAUUCACGAACUUAUUGCACCAGACAUUCUACAUCAAUUGAUUAAAGGUACUUUCAAGGACCAUUUAGUCAAGUGGGUGGGACAAUAUCUGCACCAUAUACAAAUUGCUGUCGUUGCCUCAUUCUCAGGUCUUCAAUGUUUCCCUCAAGGCCGAGGGUUCAAACAAUGGACCAGCGAUGAUUCAAAAGCGCUUAUGAAGGUUUAUCUUCCCACCAUCGAAGGUUACAUCCCAACAGACGUGGUGAGCACAUUUCGUGCGUUCCUCAAAUUCUGCUAUCUCAUACGGCGUAAAAUCAUCAUGGAAUCCACACCCGUUCGCAUUCAGGACGCUCUCGACCGAUUCCAUCAUUACAGGAAUGUUUUCGAGUCGACAGGUGUCGUAUUCACAUUCUCUCUCCCUCGGCAACAUUCUUGCUCUCAUUACGCCCUCCUUAUCCGACUAUUUGGUGCACCCAAUGGCCUAUGUUCCUUUAUUACCGAGACAAAACACAUCAAAGCUGUCAAGGAACCAUGGAGGCGUUCAAGUCGCUACCACGCCCUCGGUCAAAUGCUGGUAACAAAUCAAUGCCUUGACAAACUGGCAGCAUCAUGCAUCGAUUUCAAAAGCCAUGGGAUGCUGAACGGCACCUGUCUAUCCAAAACUCUUCAAGCGCUAAGUGAGUUUGGCGACAAUGAAGAAGGCGAAAUCGUUGAUGGACCAACGUCAUUGGUCCAGGCCCAUGUUCAGUUAGCAAAGACGCACCAACACAAACGUGCACGAACUGUACCUGAUUUAAGUACAGAACUUUCUAUCCCCCAUCUCCACAACCUCCUCCGCCGAUUCCUAUUCGAACAAUUACAUCCGGAUGACGAACUGUCUGAUGUCCCACUCGCAUGCUGCCUUCGAUUUGAUGGGCAAAUUCAAGUGUUCAACUCUGCUGCUUCGACAUUCUAUGCACCUAGCGACCGCAGUGGUAUCGGUGGCAUGCGCCGAGAGCACAUACAUGCAGCUGUUGAAGGGAUGGGGGGGAUGGACAUAGGCUGUGUCAUGUGCUUUUUCUCUUUUACAUCUGAGGAAGUUUCAUACCCAUGUGCCGUAGUGCGCUGGUUUGAGAAGGCCAAUGAUGGACCUGACAAAGACACCGGCAUGUGGAUUGUAAAGCCUUUGUAUGAUACUGAUCAUUCUCCGCUAGUUGGAAUCAUCCAUAUCGAUUCCAUUUACCAGGCUACACACCUCAUUCCAAUCUAUGGCACGCACACCAUCCCAAAGGACCUCAAGCACUACGACUUGUAUGAUGCCUUCUGCGCAUUUUAUGUAAACAAAUUUGCAGACCAUCAUGCAUUCGAGAUCGCAUCUUAG